AUGAUACUCAACAUGUUGGCUGUUGUAGCUGUGGUCUUUGCUACAACGACCUCGGUAUCGGCAAUGACAACAAUGAAUGUUGGUUCAACAGCUUCUACUGCCAAUAGUUAUGUUGCAGCAAUAGUCGAGUACUCACCAAUUGCCUAUGCAUUCCCUAACAAUGUCACACAAGACAUUGCCGUUCAAUACAUGUUACAGAAUGUCAUGCAGUACAAGCAAUUCAUUACACAAGCUGUUGAACAAAAGGCACAGAUCAUUGUGUUCCCAGAGUAUGGUAUCACUGGUAACAACUUUGCAAACAGUCGUGACCGUGCUUUCUCCUUCAUGGAGACUGUCCCAUAUCCCGAUCCCUUCAACCCUAUCAUCCCAUGCGACAACACCGACACACCGAUACUAAAUGCAUUGAGCUGCAUGGCACUGGCCAACAAGAUUGUGGUCGUUGUUAACAUGGCCGAUGUACAAUAUUGCAACACAACUAAUGAUGUUAACUGUCCAUCGGAUGGAAGAUAUCAAUUCAACACUCAAGUGGCAUUUGGUAGCAAUGGUGCAAUCAUUGGACGCUACCACAAGUCUCAUCUCUAUAGAGGCGAGGCACCUGUAAUGGACCAGCCAAUCGUGCCCGACAUUGAGAUGUUCACCACCGACUUCAACGUCACCUUUGGCAUGAUGAUCUGUUUCGACAUCCUAUUCGAGGAGCCACAGUCGACAUUGGUGGCCGCAGGCGUCAACAACUUUGUCUACUCUACCGAGUGGGUCAACGGCAACUACGCAUACGCCCGUCAAAUCCAGCAGGCAAUGUCCUAUAACUCACGCUCCAAUGUGUUGGCAUCAAACAUUGGCUCGAUCAACAUGAUGAGUGGAUCGGGCAUCUUCUCCAAUGGCCAACCGAUGGCCACAUUCUUCAAUCCAACAUUCAGUCCACAGUCGCAUCUGGUCGUGGCAACGGUGCCAUCUGACCCCAGCUCUGUCCAGGCACAACAACUAAGUACCUUCUACUCGGAGCCCCUGUGUAGCGAUGAUCAGCCACCAAAGGUCAACAUGAGACCCAACUACUCUGGUGUCCCUCCCAACACCUUCAACUCCUCAUUCACCAUCUUCAAGCCAAGCUCCCACCAAUCCAAUAUUGCCCUACAGUCUGAGAACAAUGGAUUCGUCUGCAACUUGAAGUACUCCACAAAGGAGGUGCCAGGCGACCAACACUUUGCCGUGGUCAGCUUCAAUGGCUUCUUCAAUGGACAUUGGAACGCUCAGAUAUGCAUGGUGGCCAUCUGCCUGGAUGAUACAGAGGCAGGAUGCUCACAACUGGUGUUCAAGAGCAAGACUGUGUUUACUGACUUUGAAAUGUCGGCUGCCAUCUCUGAGGGCUACAACGUCAAUGCGAUGAUCUACUCUGAGAACGUGAUGUCCAACUACUACCAAUCAUACGAUCCAAACACCUACACAUUUGCCAUCACUGGUAUGAACGAUCCAAUGAUCUCUGCCAGCAUGUUUGCUCAACAAUGGACCAAUGUCACGAUGACCACCAUAUCAGCAUCGACCUUCUCCGCCAAGCCAUUCACAUCAACAUUCCUUGUAAGAUAA